UCUGGCUAUGCGGCCACACUCGUUGGGAAAAAUAUCACAAAAAAAAAAAACAAAAAAAACAAUUGUUUAAUGUUUUUAAGUUGUGUAAAUAAUAGUGAUAAGGAGACAGCUGUCUGUGUUAGUAACCCGAGAGCCACCAGUCGUGUGUGUGUGUCUGAGCAGCAACUAUAAAAGCAAGGAGGACGUGGGCAAAGCGGAACAGAAGGAGGAAAUCCGCCAGCAAAGAAGCAACAGCAGAGAGCGUGUGAGAGAGAGAGAGAGAGAGAGAGGGAGAGCGCGCGAGUGGGAGUAUAGCGGAAGUGAUAAAGCAAAGAGGAGAGGCCACAAGAGCGAGUGAGAGGGGGAGUGCCGAGAGCAAAGAGGAGCGAAAGAGAGGCAGCGACGGCAAAGUGGAGGCGUCGCUGGAGCAGCCACAAGACGCCAGCAGCGAUUGGAGUCAUGCCGCUGGCCGAUUCCCAAAAGGAUCUCCGCCAGCAGCCGCAGCAGCAGGAGACUUUGCAGCAGCAUGAAAACCAGGAGAUGCUGCAACAGCAGCAGCAGCAGCAACAGCAGCGCAGCUCUAUGGGCCUCCAGCUACGCCAGCGCCUGCAGAUCACCUCUUCCGGCUGCAGCAGUCUGGCGGUCACGCCCAUGGAGCAUACACCCACCGAGGACGAUGAAAGCGGGGCAGGCAGCAACAACAACAACAACAAUAACAAUAACAAUGCUGUGACCAUGGUGACAUCAUCGCAGCGCCGACAACAACAGGUGCAGCAAUCAGCCUUGCAGGCAGCCCUCGAGCAGCAUCACAUCUCCCCCAAACAAGAGCAAAGGAGCAGCAAUCGAACACUCUGCUGUCCAGCUCCUCCUCCAGAGCUAAUGGAGUUGAGCGACUCGGAAUCGCAACAGGGAGGAGGAGCAGGUGGAGGAGCUGGAGCUGGAGCCACUGCUGAAGGCCUUGCCCUAGCCCUCGACGAGAACGAGUUCGAGCUGAAGGAGGUCAUCAAAGAGGGCCAUGACAAGGCCGAUCCCUCCCAGUUUGAACUGUUGCGCGUUUUGGGCGAGGGCAGCUUUGGCAAGGUGUUUCUAGUGCGCAAAAUAAUAGGCAAGGAUGCCGGGACUCUCUAUGCCAUGAAGGUACUCAAAAAGGCCACUUUGAAGGUCAAGGAUCGUGUGCGUAGCACUAAUGAGCGAAAGAUCCUGGCAGAUGUGGGUCAUGCCUUUAUUGUACGCCUUCAUUAUGCCUUUCAAACACCCGGAAAACUCUACCUUAUACUGGAUUUCCUGCGUGGCGGUGAUUUAUUUACCCGCUUGUCCAAGGAGGUCAUGUUCACCGAGGAGGAUGUCAAGUUUUAUCUGGCAGAACUGGCUUUGGCCAUGAAUCAUCUGCACACCUUGGGCAUUAUCUACAGGGAUUUGAAACCGGAAAAUAUACUACUAGAUGAGCAUGGACACAUAGCUCUUACAGAUUUUGGCCUCUCCAAGCAGCCUUUGGAUGGUUCCAAGACCUAUAGCUUCUGUGGAACGGUGGAGUACAUGGCUCCGGAAAUAGUUAAUCGCAAGGGACAUGAUUUUGCCGCCGAUUGGUGGUCAUUUGGUGUCUUGAUGUAUGAAAUGUUGACGGGGAAUUUACCAUUUCAUGGACAAACCCGCCAGGAGACAAUGAAUCAGAUUUUGAGGAGCAAACUGGGCAUGCCGGAGAAUCUUUCACCGGAAGCGCAAUCUUUACUAAGAGCUUUGUUCAAAAGGAAUCCUUUGAAUCGCUUGGGUGCCGGUGCCCAGGGUAUAUUGGACAUAAAGGCUCAUUGUUUCUUUGCCACCAUCGAUUGGGUGAGGCUGGAACGGAAGCAAGUGCGUCCACCGUUUAUACCUGCUGUUAGCCGUGACGAUGCCUUUUACUUUGAUGUGGAAUACACAUCGAAAUCACCGCGUGACUCACCUGGAGGACCCAUAUCCGCUUCGGCUCAUGAAAUCUUUCGAGGAUUUAGCUUUGUGGCUCCGGUUUUGCUAGAGGGUCAGUGUCUAGCUUCCUCAAAUCAAUGCUCUAACAAUGCGAGUCCUUUGCAUCAUCAUAAUAUGGCUGGUAAUCCUGGUAAUCCUGUUGCUCCUGCUCCUCCUGCUUCUUCUGCUACGGCUGGAACUGCUCCUCCUCCUCGCAGUUUGCCUGGUGUUUUGCCUGGCAACUUUCACUCGGAGUAUAAUCUUCUCCAGGAACUCGGACGCGGCACCUUCUCUGUGUGCCGCCUAUGCGAGCAUCGCUCUUCCAAGAAACAUUAUGCCGUCAAGGUGAUUGAAAAGGCUGCCGUGGCCGCUGCCUCUGCAGCCUCCACUUCGGCGGAUUGUUGGGAGGAAGUGGAAAUAAUGCUGCGUUAUGGCAAUCAUCCGAAUAUUGUAACCCUGUAUUCGGUUUAUGAGGAUGCAGGCUCUGCCUAUUUGGUAAUGGAGCUAUUGAAAGGCGGUGAGCUCUUGGAUCGCAUCUUGGCCGUGGGUCAGAUGUGUGAGAGCGAGGCAAGCGCUGUCCUAAGAACCAUAGCCUCGGCGGUGGCCUAUCUCCAUGAGCAUGGGGUGGUGCAUCGGGAUCUGAAGCCCUCGAAUAUGAUAUAUGCCAGCAUGCGGCAGACACCGGAAACUUUGAAGCUAUGCGAUUUGGGCUUUGCCAAGCAACUGCGCGCCGACAAUGGCCUACUGAUGACACCCUGCUAUACGGCCAACUUUGUGGCUCCGGAGGUGCUAAAACGUCAGGGUUAUGACCUGGCCUGCGAUAUAUGGUCUCUAGGCGUACUGCUCUACAUCAUGCUCUCUGGACGCACACCCUUUGCCAGCACACCCAAUGACUCGCCCGAUGUGAUACUGAAAAGGAUUGGCUCCGGUCACAUCGAUUUCGCCAGCAGUCGCUGGUCUUUGGUCAGUGCCCCGGCCAAGGAGUUGCUGCGUCAAAUGCUGCACAUUGUACCAGAGAAUCGUCCCACGGCAGCACAGAUUUUGGAGCAUUCUUGGUUAAGAGAACAGUUUGAAAGUGGUGUUCAGUUAACGGAAUAUGCUGGUGCACAGUCGUCACAACUCUCGCUUGGAGCCCAACAGCAGCAACAGCAACACAUUUCGAUGGCUUUAAGGGGCGCCGUAGAUGCCACAUUUCGGGCUAUAGCCAUACCACAGGCGGCGAAUGUGGGUCCGGUGGAGUUGUCCAUGCUGGCCAAGCGUAGGGCCAAGGAUCGGGCCCAAUUACAUUCGUAAUUGUGGGUCAAGAGGCAGCUAAAUCAAUUACUUUUCCACAAAUCCUUUGAAAGUAUUUCGUUUUGUUUUUUUUUGGGACAAUUUAUUUAUUUUAUAUACAAAAAGCAUACCGAGAGAUGCCAAGGCCAAAGCACAGAGCAUCUAUACAUAUAUAUACCUUUAUAUAUAUAUAUAAACUAUAACUAUAAAGAUACAGAUACCAAUAUAUAUAGCUAUUUAUAUAUAUAUAUAGAAAAAAACUUGUUUAAAAAAACUCUCCCAGUAUUUUUGUCGAGCUCGAAAAUUAAGGCCCUCGCACCAAAGACCUUGUAGUAGUAGCAAGAUGCGUAACGCCCAUAUUAUAAGGUCUUUGCUAAAACACUCAAAAAAAACCUAAAUAUAUAUAUAUAUAAAAAAAAAUAAAUAAAUAAAUAUUUUUAAU